GUCAGGCUCACUUGUUCUUUUAGAGCUUUCCACCAGAUUAACAAUAUUAUUCUUACGGAGCUCUGUUUGUGCUGCAGACGUCCAGCAGUUGACAGUAAUCGGCUGCAAAUGGUCGACCUCAACCACAUCAAGCCGCAGCCUCGUUGCAUUUACUUCCUGCCUCAACAACUGCGGCUCCUUCAGACUUAAUUGUUUAUGGGAGAAGCAGAAUUAACCGUCGGUUCAACUCCAUCAAACGGAAACAAACAGACAAACUGAGAGCUUGUGCACGUUUGUUUACUGCAAGUGACUUUAGCUGUUUCUCUACUUCAGUGACAAGCAGCUGGAGGCAGAUUUGGAUAUUGGGCGAUGUACGUCCUGGACAGAUCGACCACGGAGCGCUGGGCUGACGGCACACGCCAAUCACACCUGUGGUUUAAUUAGCAUCACCAAUCAACUAAUUGGACGGUGGGAGGAGGCCGGAGAACAUGGAAAACACACGUGGAGACAUGGGAUCUGAACCAGGAGCUGUCUCAAUGUGAGCCAGCGGUGCUACCCACUGAACCACCGUGCCGCCAAGAGCUAAGAAGAAGCAGUUGUAAACUCCAAAGAGGAUCGAAAGCCGUGUUAGUGGCUCCGAGACGAACAAAUACAGAUUUUUUUUGUCUUCAGAAGUUUAAUUGAGGGUAAUCUCCUCGGUGAUGAAACUCUUUGACAAAAUAGUUGAAGGUUCGGUCUUCACAGGAACACAACAACACAAAUGUGGACACACACACACACACUGCUGGUUUCUCACUUAUCUUCUUUUAUGUCGUGUUCCUGUCUGCCAGCCAGUUUCAACCACAUUUAUAGGCUGAACAGUGCGUGUGCGUGUGUGUGUUUGUGUGUGUGUGAAAAUCCCCAGCGAGUCGUAUCAUCUCCACCACAUCUGACCUCGAGCAACAUCCAUUAAUGAUCUCGUAUAUACUUUUUAUAAUCACAGAAUUUGAUGGACUAAUGUUCAAUUAAAAAAACUAAGCAAUUACCACAAACACACAAAUGUCCUGAGGUCGCUGUUAAAAAGGGAUUAUUUCCACUAGAACGUGACCGAUGACAUCAGCCUCACAAUACAAGUCUGAGUGUGUGUUGAUGGCGCGUUGUCGAUCUCUGUCCUCCAUCGUUGUGUGUUGCUUGUGUCUGUUUUUUACGUAUAUUCCAAAAUAACAAUUUCACACCAACGCUUCUCACCACUCUUAUUUCGUGUUAUUCCUGAUGCUGGAAACUGUCGGAGGCCUCACAGGAGACUCAGUGUUCAAGACCAGUUCAAACUGUGUUCCAGACCAGACCGGCUUGUCUGGUUUGAUGUUUUUACUGUUACGACCUUUGUUUAUUUUUUAGAGUGGCAGUGGUUUGUGUUAGAUUUCUUCUUCUUCGGACUGUUUAAUGACCCUGGUUUCUUCUUUAAUACACACAUACACACAAAUAAAUAUAUGAACAUGACUCACACCAAGCCAAAGCCCCCUGGUGGCUGGCUGCAGUAUAGGCCAUGAACCCCACCAUCUCCAGGUCAGCAGAUGGGACAUGGAUCCAAACAACAAAUGUCGAAUGACUUUUUUCUGAGAGGUGACGCACCGUCGCUAACAUGACGUUAACUCGCUAACCACAUGUCCCGCCUCAUAGAGCGGGAAAUCUGUAAUACUCACAUAAACAAAACAUUUAACAGAGGUUCAGACUUUAUCCAGCGUGUCCCGACAGAUUCACUCCAGACACGUCUGAUGUCUCAUUCUACUUAACUCCUCCAUUAACUCUGUUCCAACAACUGUAAACUCUAAAUCACUCAUGUUCUCUCUCUCUCACACCUACACACACACACACACACACACACAGGUGGCACAUACUGCAGUCUUUGUAAUGUCCCACAGAUUAAGAUUUGAACAUGAUGAUUUGAUAGAAACCGAUGCCAAAACAAAUACAAUAACGUUAACACACACACACACACACAAACACACACACACACACACACACACAAACACACAUCCUUGUGUCGAGGGUUCGAGGUUUAAAUAACUAAUCACCAUUUGUUUGAAUUCCUCAUAUAUAUAGAAUGGCAACUACAUCAUUUGAGGUAAAAUACACAACCAUUGUUUUGAAAGAGCAACAGACAAAUGAUGACAAAUCCACCUCUUCAACGCAGACAUCUUUAAAAACACAAACAAACAACAUCAGAUCUUCAACCUUCCAACCACAGUGACAGUUCUCCGGGGGCGUACAAGACUGAGCAGGACGCUCCCGCCGUGGUUCCUGUGCGGCAUACCUCCGCGUGUCGGUAGAAGAGGAAAGUGUUGUGUAAUUGCACGUUUGUGACUCUCGAGGCCUCACAACUCAUCAAGCUGUCAGAGCUCAACACGUCUGCACCAUGAAAGUCAGGACUCGCUGUGACUGCAAGUGUCUGAGCAGGAAGAGUGGGAGAGGGAGACGAGAGGUGGACCACUGCGCGGUUAACCACACAAUAUCACGUGCUGCGAGCCGAUUGGCUGCAGCCAGAGGAUGGAGGGUUUAUAAACCUCGGGUGCAGCAGCAGCAUCACCGAGCAGCAAACACCACCCAGGAGAUAAACUCAAGAGAAAACCCCGUCCACCUCUUUCUGCUCAACUCGUCCCUGCAGCUUCAAAACAAGACAACAAACUCUGACACCAUGAAAGUGGCCGUUGUUUUCAUCCUGCUCUUCGCCACAGUCCUCUGUCGGCCGGCGAGGAAAGUUCCUCUCAGCAGUUCAGAGAGCUCUGAAGAGGUGUUGAGACGAGAAGCUGCCAGGAAGCAGGCGGCUUUGGUUCCCCUGACCCGUGCAGCACCGGUUCAGGCAGCUCCCUCCGCCUCAGACGAGAGCGCAGAGAGUUCAGAGCAGGAGGCAGCAGUGGCUCCAGUAGUGGAGGACCAAUCCGGCAGCCCUGACCCGACCCCGACCACAGACACAACCGACAGCCAGGACAGUGAGGAUGAUGACGAUGAUGAUGAUGUAACAGAGGAAACUGAGGAAGAGGAGGAUAAAUCCAGCGACAGCUCGGAGUCUGGCGAGUCCUCCAGCCCAGCUCCGGCCACCGUCAGCCCCACGGUCUUCACAGAGGAGCCCAUGAUUGAAACCACCGAGGAUCCCAUCCUGCCGACAAUCGUCAUCGACCCGGAAACAGCCCGUGGCGACAGCUUGGGAAAAUACCCCAACGAAUACAAGUCCAUCAUCUACGUGGAGGACAAAUCCUACAACAAGCUGCCCUCUCCCUACAAGUCCUGGGAGUACGUCAGCACAGGGAAGAAAGCGGCCUAUGAAAUGACCGAAGGCAACGAUGUGGAGAAGUCGAUGCCAGUGUAUAAGGCUCUUCAGGUCCACUCUGACAUCCUGGAGGAGGACACCAGCACCCCUGAGAUGGAGAGCCAGGGCCUGGACGUCACUCAGGACCAGGAAAUCACCCCCCGCCAGGCCUCCCUCCCAGCAGAGGAAGGUGAAGAGAGCACCAGCGAUGCCACAACCAACGAAAGCUCCAGCGCGACACAGGAAGAGGAAGACGAGAGCACCAGCGCCUCGAGCGCCAGCGCCAGCGCCGAGUCCCAGGACGAGGAGAGCAGCGAGGAGGCCACGGCCACGCCCGGCGCCGCAGACAGCGACUCAGACGAGAGCACGGAGAACGAUUCGGAUGAGGAGGAGGGGGCCAUACCUGACGCUACCACCGACGUGCCAAUGGUCAUCGCGGCCAAAUAAGCCCCACCCACCCAGGAAACGGCACAUAAAGAUGUUGGCAAACUGCCUCCAGGUGCAAGAAUAAAACCAAAACUCCACAACCUCUUUCCACUGCCGGGCCAAACAGGAACUGAACAGGCUUGAUUAUUAUUGAUUAUAUUUCUGUGAUUAUUUGUUGUUGAGGCAGAAAUGCUUUUCUAAACAGGUAUAUAUAUAUAUAUAUAUAUAUAUAUAUUUUACUUGACCAGUCUUUAAAACCACCAUGUUUGACUCUGCAGGGGGAAAGAGGUUGAAAGUGAGGAGGUCUACCUUCAACAGGAGGUUGACUGACCUUGUGACCUUUGUCCCGUCGCCUCCCUGUCGAGUUGCUUCAGGGUCCGAGGUCAAAACUGCAAAAAGAGCAAAGAAACACACUUGAGUUCUGAUAUCUACACUAGCACAACACUGCAUUUAAUCAUGAAUUAACAACUGCGAAGUACAGUUUUAAUAUUUAUAAUCAUUUCAAGCAUAUUAACAAAAAUAAAACUUGUCAUUAAGUCGUCUUCCUGUGUGGCUUAGCUUUGUCGCUUGCUAGAAUCCAACCUGCUGGUGUAGAUGGAGAAACUCAAACCAUCCCGGGCUCAGACGUACAACACAGUCCAGUUCAUUUGCACAGUUCCUACCAACACUACAUGUUGUUUGUCUCAUGUCGUUUACUGUAAUGUAUCAUAUUGUACCAUUUAUAAAAUUUUAAUAAAGUUCUUUUUCGUAACAAA